AUGUCGACCCUCAACGAAAUCACGUCCGACGCCGAGUUCUCGACAUUCAUUUCCUCCCUCCCAUCUUCGGCACUGGCAGUCCUCUACUUCCAUGCACCAUGGGCUGCUCCCUGCGCCCAAAUGCGCGCCGUUCUAACCGCCCUCGCCUCCCAAUACCCCGUCACCACCCCGCCCUCGAUCUCCUUCGUGAGCAUCAACGCAGAAGAGCUCCCUGACAUCUCAGAAGACUACGAUGUCACCGCCGUUCCCUACGUCGUCCUGCUUCGUGACGGCAAGAUCCUCGAAUCCAUAAGUGGCGGCGAGGCAGUCAAGGUGCGCGACGCGGUGGAGCGCCAUGCCGGUGCCGCCUCGGGAACCGGCGCAGGCGCCAACAAGGCCGCUAUCCCCCCGCCGCUGACGGCUGUCCCGCGCGAGAACGUGCCUUCGACGGCUACGCAGGCGCCCGCCCCGUCGGCGCAGCAGCUGUCGCCUGAGGAGUCCAAGGAGGCGUUGUUUGCCCGCUUGGCGGAGCUGGUGAAGGCGGCGCCGGUUAUGCUAUUCAUGAAGGGAACCCCGAGUGCGCCGGAGUGCGGUUUCAGUCGACAGCUCGUGGCGAUUCUCCGGGAGCGGAGCGUUAAGUAUGGAUUCUUCAAUAUUCUGGCCGAUGAGGAUGUUAGACAGGGUUUGAAAGAGUUUGCGGAUUGGCCGACAUUUCCUCAGCUCUGGGUUGGGGGAGAAUUGGUUGGUGGAUUGGAUAUUGUCAAGGAAGAGAUCAGCAACGACCCUGAUUUCCUCGGCGCGUACUCAGUCAACAAGACCUCCACUGCGGCUUGA